AUGGCUAGCUCAGCUGCCUCCGUGGUGCGACCGCCCAGGCCCAAGAAAGAGCCGCAGACGCUCAUCAUCCCCAAGAAUGCGGCGGAAGAGCAAAAGCUCAAGCUGGAACGGCUCAUGAAGAACCCGGACAAAUCGGUUCCAAUUCCAGAAAAAAUGAGUGAAUGGGCACCUCGACCUCCUCCAGAAUUUGUCCGAGAUGUUAUGGGUUCAAGCGCUGGGGCUGGCAGCGGGGAGUUCCAUGUAUACAGGCACCUGCGCCGGAGAGAGUACCAGCGACAGGACUACAUGGAUGCCAUGGCUGAGAAGCAAAAAUUGGAUGCGGAGUUUCAGAAAAGACUGGAGAGGAACAAGAUUGCUGCAGAGGAGCAGACUGCAAAGCGUCGGAAGAAGCGUCAGAAGUUAAAAGAGAAGAAGUUAUUGGCAAAGAAGAUGAAGCUUGAGCAAAAGAAAGAAAAAGAAGGAUCCAGUCAGUGCCAGGAGCAGCAGUCCAGUAGCCCUGAGGAAGCGUCUGGAACAGAGGAGGAGGAAGAGGAGGAGCCCAGCUUCAUCAUGAGGCGAUGA